AUGUCAAAAGACCAACAACAAAACGAACAAGUUAUCGAGGAAGAUGGUGGAGCACAGUUCCAAUCAUAUUUAAACAACGAUGGUAUCGAUGAAUUAACUCCACAAACUAGAAAGCAUAGAGUAUCAUCACUUUCAUUAUCGGACUUGAACAACUGGCAAAACGGAUUAACCAAGUUGUCGUCUUCGUCAUCUUUAAACAAGAACGGUAGUAACAGCAAUUUGAAGAAGUCAUCGUCAGCAAACUUGAAAAAGGUUGACUCUUUGGCCAAACUUUCAAGAAACGCUUCAAUCAUCAAGAGAAAUAAAAAGGAUGUGAUUGAUCAUGAGAGAGUCGCUUCUUAUGCAUUCUGUUUUGAUAUCGAUGGUGUCAUAUUAAGAGGUCCUAACACUAUUCCCCAAGCUGUUGAGGCUUUGAGGUUAUUGAAUGGAGAAAACAAGUACAAUAUUAAAGUGCCAUCAAUUUUCGUCACCAAUGGUGGCGGUAAGCCAGAAAAGCAGAGAGCUGACGAUUUGAGUAAAAGGUUGAACUGUACCAUUACCCCGGACCAAAUUAUCCAAGGACACACACCAAUGAAAGAUUUGGUUGGUAUUUACAAGAAUGUCCUUGUUGUAGGAGGUGUUGGUAACGUUUGUCGUAAUGUUGCUGAAUCUUAUGGAUUCAAAAAUGUUUACACACCAUUGGAUGUUUUGAAAUGGAAUCCAGCAGUUUCUCCAUACCAUGACUUAACUGAAGAAGAAAAGACUUGCACUAGAGAUGUUGACUUUAGUAAGACCCCAAUCGAUGCUGUUUUAGUCUUUGCUGAUUCAAGAAACUGGGCUGCUGAUCAACAAAUCAUUUUGGAAUUGUUGUUAUCCAAAGACGGUGUUAUGGGUACCCAAUCCAAAACCUACGAUGAAGGUCCACAAAUUUACUUUGCUCAUUCUGAUUUCAUUUGGGCUACAAAUUAUAAAUUAUCAAGAUAUGGUAUGGGUGCUUUGCAAGUCUCAAUUGCUGCUUUAUACCGUGAGCAUACUGGUAAAGAAUUGAAGGUUAACAGAUUUGGUAAACCACAAGUUGGCACUUUUAAAUUUGCCAACAAAGUGUUGAGUCAUUGGAGACAGGGUGUUUUGGAUGAACAUUUGAAGAAAUUGAGCAUAAAUGACCCGGACGCUAAGGAUGCAGAUAUUCUAAUCAAUGAAGAUGGUGAAGAAAUCAUCAAUCAAGAGAAGUUGGAGAGUUACAACUUUUCUGACUCUGAAGAAGAAGAAUCUGACGAUCAAUUAGACGCGGAAGAGAAGGAAAAAGAAGUCAACAUUGGUGUAUCAAAGAAACAAGCACACAAGGACUACAAUAAUGCAAAGAAGAAUCUUGCUAAACUUGCUGAAGUUGGUAAACCCGAUCAGAUCACUUUACAAUUGCCUCCAGCAUCAACAGUAUAUUUCGUUGGUGAUACACCUGAAUCCGAUAUCAGAUUUGCUAAUUCUCAUGAUGUUUCUUGGUUUUCAAUCUUGGUCAAAACUGGUGUUUACCAGGAAGGUACUGAACCUAAAUAUAAGCCAAAACAUUUAUGUAACGAUGUAUUGGAGGCAGUUAAAUUUGCUAUUGAAAGGGAACACGAAAAGGAGUUGGCUGAAUGGAAUGAGACUGCUGAAGAUGAAAAUGAUGCUGCCGCUGCCGCUGCUGCUAACAAUGAUAAGGGCUCUAGAUUGAAUUUCGCUGAUUUGGUCAUGACUCCAAGUGAAAAGAAACAAAAGGAGGAAACAAAGAAGCAAAUUGAUGAUAAAGGAUUAAAGAGAGCCGAGGAUGCGCCUGAAGCUGUUGAAGUCCCUGUUGGAUUAGCUGAACAAAUUGAGAAAUUCAAAGAUGGCAGCAAGUAG